CUCUACCCGGUAUUCAUGUCAACACCCUCCAAGACCUUAUCACAACCCCCAUCAGCACGGGUCAAACGCGACGAGGGGUCCCCAACCACCCCAGCCGACAACACCACCAACACCCCCACCCCUGGACGCCUGCUGCCCGCGCACGCCACCGUGCCGUGCCAGCUGUUGCGUGAAAACCACAGCCCAACCCGCCUGCCCACCUCACAAGCCUCCGCCUCCUUCUCCUCCUCCUCCUCCUCCUCCUCCUACUCUGUCGGGAGCAACACGGAACCGACGACAUCGAGAAGCCCCAGUCCCGCCAGCCCGACGCAGUGGCCGGCCAACCCGGGAGCAAACGGGUCGGUGGACGCCAGGCUGACCGCAAUACGGACACGGUCGUCGCCGGACAACAAGACCGUCUCGCCCGUUCGCGGAGUGGAGGACAGGUGUAAAGGGCGCUCAGGUGUGCAGUUCCUACUCUGUUCCCUGGGCCUCGUCUCUGGGCGGUAUAUCGUAGCGCCCUACCUGACGGGCCAGUGGCCACGUGACCCCCCCCCCCCGUGCGAGAGACAGAGACACACAGUCGGGAGAGAAGAGGAUCACACAACAGCGCUCUGUGUCCUGGGGCAGCACCGACAGCUCAAAGAGCAGAUAGCUAAACUCAGGAGGCAGCUUCAGUGCAGUAAGCUGGAUAGCGGAGAGAGAGAGCGUGUUUCUCCACAGCAGGGAGCCAGCCAAGCGCAGGUGUCCAUGUCGAGGCCUGGCCAGAUGCCGCUGUCCAACAUCACGGUGCCCAAGGCCACCAUCUCCAGAGUGCCCAGCAGCAUGGAGGGAAUCAACCACGAGCUGGAGAAGGUCUUCAUCAGAGACAGCACUGCGGAGAGAGAGGAGCUAAAGGCGUUGGAGGUGCCGGACGGGCGGCGGGCUCCCUUCCCUCCCCAGCAGCGCAGCAGCAGCACCCACAGCGUGGACACGCAGGUCCCGUCCGCCCCCGGGCGCUCCAGCAGCUGCUCCAGCCUCUCGCCCUGCCCCUCCCCCGCCUGCCCCCCCGGCUCCCGCGACGACAGCCCCUACUACCCCGAGGACAAAGACAGCGGGAGCAGCUCCCCGCUGCCCAAGCUGGCCUCGUCGCCCAAGCCCAACAACAGCUACAUGUUCAAGCGCGAGCCGCCCGAGGGCUGCGAGAGGGUCAAGGUGUUCGAGGAGAUGGCGUCGCGGCAGCCAGACUCCGCCCCUCUGUUCUCCUGCCCGGAUAAGAACAAGGUGAACUUCAUCCCCACAGGCUCCGCCUUCUGCCCCGUCAGACUGCCCCCCGGGCCCUCGCUCUCUGUCCCCGACGACGCCGCUGGCCCCAGCUCCGCCCCCCCGGGCACGGGCAGGCUGGCCCCGCCCCUCCCCGCCCCCACUCAGGUCUCCGCGAGCACCAGCACAGACGACCUCCCCCCCGCCGAGUCGCCGCUCACCCCCACCGACGGCCAGCAGGGGGAGCCCUCGCACCCCUGCUCGCCAAAUCAGAACUCUGACAUCAGCUAAUCUCCGGUAGAGCUGGCCUCUGCUGCACACACACACGCACACACAGACACUCACACACACACACACACUCACACACACACACACACACUCAUACACACACACACACACACUCAUACACACACACACACACACAUACACACACACACACACUCA